CCUUACUUUCACAACCCUCACAAACAACCAAUGUCCAAACUUUGGAACAACAAACACAAUCUAAACAAAACUGCACCUCCCAACAAAUCAUAAUACAUCCAUUAUCAAAAAAAAAACAUCGUCCUUAAUUGUUUUAAGACAUAACAUUAUACCAACAAGAAAAAGAAGAACAGCAUCUAUUCUCCUAAAUCCAUGGCUGCUGUUCUGAAUCACAGCUUUAUCCUCGUCCUCCUCCUCUUCUGUUGUUUCUCAAUCAUCCCUUCUUUGCAGCACGUGAGCGAGUCGGAACCGCUUGUGCGGUUCAAGAACUCGGUGAAAAUAACCAAAGGGGACCUAAAUUCAUGGAGAGCAGGAACAGAUCCUUGCAGUGGGAAAUGGUUCGGGAUCUAUUGCCAAAAGGGUCUAACAGUGUCAGGCAUUCACGUCACACGGCUUGGUCUCUCGGGUAGCAUCACCGUAGAUGAUUUAAAGGAUCUCCCAAAUCUAAAGACAAUCAGGCUUGACAACAACCUCCUCUCGGGUCCUCUCCCGCAUUUCUUCAAACUCCGGGGCCUAAAGUCUCUCAUGCUCUCUAACAAUAGCUUCUCCGGAGAGAUCCCUGACGAUUUCUUCAAGGACAUGACAAAGCUCAAGCGGCUAUUUCUUGAUCAUAACAAAUUCGAGGGAAAUAUCCCUUCCUCCCUUACGCAGCUCCCUCAGCUCGAGGAGCUUCACCUUCAAGAAAAUAACUUUACCGGGGAGAUACCUGUAGAGAUUGGCAACAUUAAGAGCCUCAAAACCCUCGACCUCUCAGUCAACAAUCUCGAAGGACCCGUCCCGGAAAGCAUUACGAAUAAGAAAAAUCUUGCUGUCAAUGUAUCAGGGAACGAGGGCUUGUGCGGGGAGUUAGUUGACCUUUCAUGUGAUUAUAUUCCCCUAGAUGAGGGGCAGGGGCGGGAUGACGGAG